AUGGCGGCUGAACACCCAUCACUGCGCGGGACACCUCGUGGCCCCUGUCCCCACCGCUGUGGGUCUGAGGAUCUGAACCUGACUCCCUUGAUCACCAUUAAUGAAGAAUGGACUUUGAUCAAACCGGACAAGUGUCGCAGUGACGGAAUCGGAACUGACUUCAGCAUCCAACAACCCAACACCCCACACCAUCCAUCUUUCCUGCCUGGAGACACUGCUAUGGCAGAUGGAGCCCCAAGUCAUGACAGUGGGAAGUGUGAGGCCUGGCAUGACAUAAAUGCUCAGCCCAGCGCUGCCCUUGGCUCGCAGGUGGCGAUCAAACGAGUGGCUCGGGAGCGCAUCUCCUCGUGGGGCGAGCGGCCCAGCGGCACUCGCAUUCCCAUGGAGAUAGCCAUGUUGAGGAAGGUGCGCUCCGGCUGCAGUGCCAUCAUCCAGCUCCUCAGUUGGUUUGAGCUGCCCCACUCCUUUGUGCUGGUUCUGGAGCGUCCGGAGCCAUCGCAGGACCUCUCCGACUUCAUCAAAAAGCAGAGGUUCCUGCCCGAGGAUCUGGCGCGGGGCAUUUUCCUCCAGGUGCUGGUGGCUGUGCGGCACUGCCACAGCUGCGGUGUCCUGCACAGGGAUAUCAAGCCCAAGAACAUCAUCAUCAACUUGGCCACCAGAGAGGUCAAGCUUAUUGACUUUGGUUGCAGCACCCUCCUCAGGGACACGGUCUACACCACAUUUAGCGGAACACCUUUGUACUACCCGCCGGAGUGGUUCCGCUGGCACUGGUACCACGGCCGUCCGGCGGCGAUCUGGUCCCUGGGCGUGCUGCUGUAUGAGAUGGUGUGCGGGGUCCUCCCCUUCCGGUGCUGCGAGGACAUCGUCAGCGGGCAGCUCUUCUUCCAGCGCCGGAUCUCUGUCGAAUGCCAGCACCUCAUCAGGUGGUGCUUGUCCAUGAGAGCUCGCGACAGGCCAUCCCUGGACGAUGUGUUCAACCACCCUUGGCUGCAAACUCCACUGCCCCAGGAGACAGCUGCUCUCCACCCUCACAGCCUGAGCCAGCAGCUGGGCAAGUAA